AUGGUUUCUAGUUCUUCGUUUGUUAUGCGCUCAAACAACUAUUCAGCUGAUGUCUUGCCUGAAGUGUUUCCCUCAUUCACAGUUCAGGAUCAAAUGAAUAAUGGCUCAUUGCUAAGCUCAGGGAGCAUUCAGACAAGUGUGAACAGUGAUAUGGGCAUUCGGUCCAAGAUGAUGCACCCAUCGAAUCUUUCCUCCGGCCUCUCUAAUCACAGCACGUUCCAGGCGGAAGAUCGUUCUCGGACUAACCUCAUAAUCAAUUACCUACCUCAGAGCUAUGAUCAAGGCGACCUCCAGCGCCUCUUCGAACGUAUCGGCCCAAUCAGACAAUGCAAGCUCAUCCGUGAUAAGGUACGCUACGCCUUUAUUUAUUUUGCAGAACACUGUAUUGCAAUCCAAACAUAUCAUGGGUAUGAAACUGAGCAAAAACGCCUCCGUGUCGCGUAUGCAAGUUCUGGUGGGCGGCGCGGGACGAAUGCAAACCCAAAUCAUCCUUCAUUGCCUCUAGAUUCUGCCCAAAGACAAUCUUUUUUGAGUCAAGCUAGCGCUGAGUCUGCUGUAUUAAGGCUCAAUAACGUCCAGGCUUCAGAUUGGAUUAGUCCCCUGUGUAUUCGACUGAUCGGUUCAGUGACAAAAGAAACUCUUGCUUUGUUUUGCCUUUCUCGACAAUCAGUUCUUAACCAAAUGCCUCUUGGUGACCCGAGCUCCGAGGCUGCUGUUUUGAAUAGCAUUCUUUCCACGUCCUUGCGCAGGAAUAUCUUAAAUGCUCCUUCAAAUGUUAAUGUUACGGACUCUCUUAUAGACCGAUUUGCAGGCCUAAAUGUUGACGGGAUCGUGGAUAAUUGCUUCGAUGGUCAUUCAGAUGUUAAAGGCCAGUCUUAUGUUCCUUUGUCUCGUCCUAUUGUUCGCACAAAAGGUGCAUCAUUGCUCGACAGCAGUCCUGCUCUCGGAUAUUGCUCAAACGGUUUGCAUAGUCUGGAUUCCUUUGAUGGGUCUCAUCAGUCGAGUCAGGAUAGAUCCUCUCCCCGAAACUCCUUUGAAAUGAAGUCUCAUCCUUGUGUUCGCCAAUUUCUUGAAGCGCGUGAUAUUGAAACAAAAUCUCCAUUAUGGGCUUCGACAACCUUAUCCAGCGGCUCCAGUCAGCAACGCAUGGGUGGUGGAUCUUUCAUCAACCGUUCUAAUAUAUCU